CUUGAUUGUUCUAAAUAUUAGUCAUAUUAUUGACUGAAAAUAUCCCGUCCUAUAAAUGGAAGUCAAAUCAGUGUAUAUUGUAUUGUGUUUAUUCAUUUAGUUAGUUAGUUAAUGUCCAUGUAUGUAGCCUAUGUACUGUACAUAAGUGUCUAUAUAUGCCUAUACAUACAAUUUUGCAAUUAUCUUAUGAAAUUUACAGACCAGCAUGGAUGUAAUCCCAGGAAAUAGUUGGUGAGGGCUGUGCUGAAUGUGAUUUGUAUUGUAAAAUAAAAAAAACUUUGAGAAUAAAAUGAAUGAAAUUGCUAUGAAACAAUGAUUCAAUAGUUCCAAAAUUAUGUACUGUAAUUUUUCACUUUUUGCACUUUGGUUAUACAUUUCUAGGGUUAAAGAAUUGAAAAUUCUGGCUGCCUUAUAGCCUCCUCUUCUGGUCAUCGAAGGAAGCAUAGAGGAGACAGACGCUACGCCUCCAGGCCGGCAGGGGGCAGAGCGGUUCAGCAGACAUCCGGUUUGACGUCACGCACGCGGCAAAAACAAACAUGACGUACGCGCGGCUUUUCACCAAAGUGUAGAUUUUAUUUUAUUUUUUUUGCAUACUUUAGUGACACAAACGCUAUUAUUUUCAGAAAUACACAAGCAAGAGGAUAUUUCAGUUUAGCAGCCGUUGAAUAUUCGCAUACUAAAGGUCAUUUUGGAAGUACAUGGUCAUGGAUUCUGCAGAGACGAGAUAUGCUCAUCUGCUGCAACCCCUGCGGGACCUCACCAAGAACUGGGACAUUGACCUGGCCAGCCAGCUCGGAGAGUAUCUUGAGGAGCUGGACCAGAUGACCAUUUCAUUCGAUGGUGGGAAAACCAUGAUGAACUUUGCAGAGGCUGCACUUUUAAUUCAAGGAUCAACAUGCAUCUAUGGCAGAAAGGUGGAGCUCCUUCACACUCUGGUGUUUCAAACAUUGGACUACAUCUCUAACAAAAACAAGAAACGUGAUAAACAAGGUUCUUCUUCAGAUGGAAACCAAGAAAAAGCCCCUUCAGGCAAUGAAGGUGACGAUUGUGAGUUUGAUGAGAUUGAACAGGAUGAGAAUGGCAACUCUCAGAAUAUAACAAUGAAAGAUCCAACAGAGCCAGUGAAGAUUAUCCGUCUCCCUCCUGAAUCUCUCAUUCCUGCAGAAUCGCAUGAGAAGCAGAAAUACCCCCUUUUCAGUCUUAAAGGGGAGCUUCUUGGCAGCUGUAAGGAUUUCCGAAUUAAUAAUUUCACCAUGGAUGAAGCUGGAUUAAUGCGUCUGGGCUCUUCCCAUGCUCACUUCCUCAAGGAGGUUGCAGAAAUACAGCACAACUUCUCUGUACAUGCACCUGUGCCCUUACAGACAGAAGGUGUUGCUGAGGUUGAUGGUGGUUACGAUGAAGAGGACGGUGGCGCUGAGGUUCUUCCUCCACUGGAAGAUCAUGGGAUGGAGGUGGAGUCCGAGGAGUGGGUGGAAAGGCAUCAGGCUCCCAGUGAGGGGAGGAUGCUGAGACCGAGACCUGCAGAACAGCCAAUUUCAGAGGAAUCUAAGCAGCCCAAGGAAAUUGAGGACCCUUGGAAAUGGCAUGACCCAUAUGCUGUUUUUGGGGAGGACAAACCUCUCAAAAUAGGCAAGUGUUAUAAAGUCCCAGCAGGUCUUGAAGAGUCUGGAAAAAGGAAGAGGAAGGGUCCUUCAAAACUGCAGGACUUUGGCAGCUGGUACUCUAAAGCCUUUGAGACUGCAGAUCGCAAGCUUAAGAAUGGACCUACGUAUCCUGACCUUAAUUACAUCUUUGUGAGUAAAAUGGAUCAGCGUCUGAAAGUACAGAAGCAGAUUCUCAGGAAAAGGGGUGUUUUCGUCUCCGAUGAGGAGUUAAAGAAAACUUACUUGGAACCAGAGAAUCUUGAGGACCAGGUCGAGAUGGUCCGACAUCCAGAUGUAGAGGGUGAGGACUUUUCAGAUCAGGAACAUGACAACUUGGUUGAUGAACUAGAACCUGUGGAGCACCUUGGAGAACAGGAGCAAAUUUUCCAAGACUUGCAUAUGAGCCGGAUGAGUUAUGAAGAUCUGGUCAAGAAGAGUGUGGAUCUGUUUCUGGUGAACUCUCAGAAGUAUGCACAGGAGACGGCGUUAUCUCGAAGAGUCAAGGAAUGGGAGGAUGGAAUCAACCCUCAUCUUGCUGCCCAGGAGACCUGUCCUGCUUUUGAUAUUCAUGAGUAUGGAGGCAGAAUUGUCCAGGCACUCUCUAGUGUGGGGGUGAAAAAAUCGUUUGCCUUCGUUGUCAAAGGCAAGGAGAACACAGAAGCCUGCAGAUACAUGCUGGCUGCGCUACAGCUGGCCAAUGAUUACACAGUGGAGAUUGACAAGGAGGAGGGACUUGAAGACAGCGUAGAUACAAUGGAGCUCACAUUACUGACUACACAGAGGGCUCAUGAACGUCUCAAAACCUACAACGCACCUUCUGCUACAGAUAUUCCCUGACCUUUUACUUUAUUUUAUUGCUUAUCAUCUCUUACAUUUGGCCCCAAACAGAAGCUAUUUAUCACAGACAACAUCCAAGAGAUAAAAACCACAGAAAGACUUUCUAUGCUUUUCUAUUCUGUUUUUAGUCUGGUAAUUCAAACAUGUAUUCUGAUAUUGAGCACUGCACUUACAUUUGAAUUUGGCCUGUAAACACGCAUGGAUGAAUUUGAGUCCUGAGAUGAAGAAAUAACAGGUGUUUUGACAAACUGCAAUGCAAAUGAGACCUGCUUUCUAUUUUGAAAAGCCAAUGUCAUAUUUCAUGUCUAAAAUUAUGAUAAAAGUCUGUUCAAAUGCAUUUUCUGGACACUUUUCAAACGGCAUGUCUGUACAGUAUCUUAGCCAUUUUUAUAUAAUUAUCGAAGAAUUACACAUCAAAAAUAAAAUAAAAAUAGUGCUGCAAAGAAGUCA